GUCGCGGCGAUCGAGUUUGCCAUCCUGGUCCGGCCGCGGAGCUUUGCGUGGUGGUACGUCGGCUUCAUCCUGCCGCUGCUGGGGCUGCGGCUGUGGAUCUACUCCCGCCUGCGCUGGCACUACUUUCUCAUCGACUUCUGCUACAUGGCCAACGUCUCCUGCCUUGUGCAGGUUCUCGCCUACCCGCAGCUGCAGCCGCUCGUCGUUGCCAACUUCGCGCACGCCUCGGGACCGCUCGCCCUCGCCAUCAUCACGUGGCGCAACUCGCUCGUCUUCCACUCCCUCGACAAGAUCACGUCGGUCUUCAUCCACGCGCUGCCCGCCCUGCUGCUCUUCUGCACGCGCUGGUACCCGCCCGCCGGGCUCGAGCUGCCGGACUCCAUCUCCGCGUGGACGACGAUGCGGCUCGGCGUCCUCUCGUAUGGCGCCUGGCAGCUCUUCUACGUCCUGGUCACGGAGGCGCUCUUCGCACGCGCACUGCACGAUGACCCUGCACUGAUGACGUCGAUACGCUGGCUCACCAGCCCCGGCUCCAACGGCGACUACAGCGGCCUCACCCGCAUGUUCGACGCGGACCGCUGGAAGACCAAGCUCAUCUUCAUCGCGGUGCAGCUGCUCUACACGUGCGUCGCGCUGCUGCCGGUCCCGCUCCUCUGGUCGCACUACUGGCUGCACCUCGCCUACCUCCUCGGCAUCUACCUCGCCUGCGUCUGGAACGGCUCCUCGUACUACAUCGAGGUCUUCUCUAAGGCGUAC